AUGAAGGGUGUUAUUUUUUGUUUAGUUGUUCUUUUAUGGAGACAAGCAUGGGUAUCGAGUAAAAGUCACAAAUGUGAUUUUACAAAAGAGAAAUAUUUAUUAUCUGGAGAGAAGGAAGUAUCUUGUGAAAUAGAUGCGAAUCCUUCGGAUGAUAUUACUUUUAUAUGUCCUAAUAAAAUUGAUUCAUUAUGUUUUCAUACUGUAAAUAUAUCUAAAAAUAUAAAUCAAAAUAAGUCAACAAUGUCUAUACAGGAUUUAUUAUAUGGUUCUGUAGUAUAUGGAAAUACUCUUUUUAUAUCUCCUUAUGUUAGAACAAACACACCGUUUUAUUGUUUUUGUAAUCUGGACACGGUGACAAUACAAAAGUUUUUAAAAAUCAAUAGGUUCCUAAAAGAUGACGAUGAAUUAAGCGAAGCCGACGUGAUGAAACACUUAAAAGGUGGGAAUGUUAGCGAGGCACAAGCUGAUGAAUAUUUAAAUAAAGCUUUAAAUAGAUUUAAAAAAAUGAAGGAUCUUUCAAAAUUUUUUAAUGAUCAAGCAGAUAAUACGACCAAAUUAAAUCUACCAAAAUCCUUAAAUAUUCCAAAUGAUAUAUUAAACUAUGAUGUAUAUAAUAGUAGUAAUAAUAGAAAUGAUAUUGUUGUUAAAGAUGAAGUUACAAAUAAGCAAAUUAUUUCAAAACGUGGAAUAAUGAGUGUUUUUGUUCGUAGUAAUAAUAAUGUAAUAAAAGGUUGUGAUUUUGGUAACAAUAAUAAGAAUUAUUUUUCUCAUCCCAUAUCUGUAGCAGGUAAGGUAAAUAAUAAGGUUUGUAAAAUACAAGGAAAACCUGGAGAAUUAGUUGGAUUUAAAUGUGCCUUUGAAGAAAAUGGUAAGGUCGAACCACCUAAUUGUUUUGAUCAAGUAUUACAUAAAAAUAAAGUAACGGAUUUAAAAACAUUAAUUCCAGGAUAUGCUUCUUAUACAAAUAAACACAGUUCAAAAUAUCCAUACUAUUUAAAAAUACCACAUUUUGUUAACGAACAAUAUACUAUUCAAUGUAAAUGUAAAUCAAACAACUCACAGAAUGAAUACACUUUUGAAUUAGAUAUACAACCUGGAGAAAGUGAAGUUGUUCUUAACUCUUUUAAGACGUCAUGA